GGGCAUGCUUUGUGCAGCGCGCCUGCGCCGUGUGCCGGCCGAUGCCGCUAUAAAGGCUUGUUUUGCUCUGGGGCUGAUGCUCCGGAGCGUGGUUGAGUGGCCGGCGCGGCCGUCCUGGAGCUGGGGCUCAGAAAUUCUGAAGUGAACCACGAGUCUGUGAGCCCUGGCACUUGCACUCAGAGAAGAUGAAGGAUAUCGACAUAGGAAAAGAGUAUAUCAUCCCCAGUCCGGGCUAUAGGAGUGUGAGGGAGAGAACCAAUGCUUCCGGGCAGCACAGAGAGGAAUCCAAGUUCAAGAGAACUCGACCGGUGGAAUGCCAAGAUGCUUUGGAAACAGCAGCCCGCGCGGAGGGCCUCUCUUUGGACGUCUCUACGCAUUCUCAGCUUCGAAUCCUGGAUGAGGACCAUCCCAAGGGAAAAUACCACCAUGGCUUGAAUGUCCUGAAGCCUAUCCGGACCACUUCCAAACACCAGCACCCAGUGGACAAUGCUGGGCUCUUCUCCUGCACGACAUUUUCAUGGCUUUCUCCUCUGGCCCGCAAGGCCCACAAGAAGGGGGAGCUCUUAAUGGAGGACGUGUGGUCUUUGUCCAAGCACGAGUCCUCUGAUGUGAACUGCAGAAGACUAGAGAGACUGUGGCAAGAAGAGCUGAAUGAAGUGGGGCCAGACGCCGCUUCCCUGCGAAGGGUUGUGUGGAUCUUCUGCCGCACCAGGCUCGUCCUGUCCAUCGUGUGCCUGAUGAUCACGCAGCUGGCUGGCUUCAGCGGACCAGCCUUCAUGGUGAAGCACCUCUUGGAGUAUACCCAGGCAACAGAGUCUAACCUGCAGUACAGCUUGCUGUUAGUCCUGGGCCUCCUCCUGACAGAAAUCGUGCGGUCUUGGUCGCUUGCACUGACGUGGGCAUUGAAUUACCGAACUGGUGUCCGUUUGCGGGGGGCCAUCCUAACUAUGGCAUUUAAGAAGAUCCUUAAGUUAAAGAACAUUAAAGAAAAGUCCCUGGGUGAGCUCAUCAACAUUUGCUCCAAUGAUGGGCAGAGGAUGUUUGAGGCAGCCGCUGUUGGCAGCUUAUUGGCUGGAGGACCCAUCGUUGCCAUUUUAGGCAUGAUUUAUAAUGUAAUUAUUCUGGGACCAACAGGCUUCCUGGGAUCAGCUGUUUUUAUCCUCUUUUAUCCAUCAAUGAUGUUUACAUCACGACUCACUGCAUAUUUCAGGAGAAAAUGUGUAGCCGCCACAGAUCACCGUGUCCAGAAGAUGAAUGAAGUGCUUACAUAUAUUAAAUUUAUUAAAAUGUAUGCCUGGGUCAAAGCAUUUUCCCAGAGUGUUCAAAAAAUUCGAGAGGAAGAGCGUCGGAUAUUGGAAAAAGCUGGAUACUUUCAGAGCAUCACUGUUGGGGUGGCUCCCAUCGUGGUGGUGAUUGCCAGUGUGGUGACAUUCUCUGUUCACAUGACCCUGGGCUUCGAUCUGACAGCAGCACAGGCUUUCACAGUGGUGACUGUCUUCAAUUCCAUGACUUUUGCUUUGAAAGUAACACCAUUCUCAGUGAAGUCCCUUUCAGAAGCAUCAGUUGCUGUUGACAGAUUUAAGCUUCCUCCACUGUAUAGCCUGAUGUGUUUUGCUACGUGAGUGUGCGCCCUAGGCUUGUCUCCCUGGUCUUGAUCCAGUGUCUCAUCUUUGCACCUCUCUCACAACUCCUAUCAGAGUUUGUUUCUAAUGGAAGAGGUUCACAUGAUAAAGAACAAACCAGCCAGCCCUCACAUCAAGAUAGAGAUGAAAAAUGCCACCUUGGCAUGGGACUCCUCCCACUCCAGUAUCCAGAACUCACCCAAGCUGACCCCCAAAAUGAAAAAAGACAAGAGGGCUGCCAGGGGCAAGAAAGAGAAGGGGAGGCAGCUGCAGCGCACUGAGCAUCAGGCGGUGCUGGCAGAACAGAAGGGCCACCUUCUCCUGGACAGCGACGAGCGGCCCAGCCCGGACGAGGAGGAAGGCAAGCACAUCCACCUGGGGAGCCUCCGCCUGCAGAGGACGCUGUACAGCAUCGACCUGGAAAUCCAAGAGGGAAAACUGGUUGGAAUCUGUGGCAGUGUUGGAAGUGGAAAAACCUCUCUCAUUUCAGCCAUUUUAGGCCAGAUGACACUUCUAGAAGGCAGCAUUGCAAUCAGUGGAACCUUCGCUUAUGUGGCCCAGCAGGCCUGGAUCCUGAAUGCCACUCUGAGAGACAACAUCCUCUUUGGGAAGGAAUUUGAUGAAGAAAGAUACAACUCUGUGCUGAAUAGCUGCUGCCUGAGGCCUGACCUGGCCAUCCUCCCCAACAGCGACCUGACUGAGAUUGGAGAGCGAGGAGCCAACCUGAGUGGUGGGCAGCGUCAGAGGAUCAGCCUCGCCCGGGCCUUGUAUAGUGACAGGAGCAUCUAUAUCCUGGAUGACCCCCUCAGUGCCUUAGAUGCCCAUGUGGGCAACCACAUCUUCAACAGUGCUAUCCGGAAGCACCUCAAGUCCAAGACGGUUCUGUUUGUUACACACCAGUUACAGUAUCUAGUUGAUUGCGAUGAAGUGAUCUUCAUGAAAGAGGGCUGUAUAACAGAAAGAGGUACCCAUGAGGAACUAAUGAAUUUAAAUGGUGAUUAUGCUACCAUUUUUAACAACCUGUUGCUGGGAGACACCCCACCGGUUGAGGUUAAUUCAAAAAAGGAAACCAGCGGUUCACAGAAGUCACAAGACAAGGGCCCUAAAACAGGAUCAGUAAAGAAAGAGAAGGCAGCAAAGCCAGAGGAAGGGCAGCUUGUGCAAGUGGAGGAGAAGGGGCAGGGUUCAGUGCCCUGGUCAGUAUACGGUGUCUAUAUCCAGGCUGCUGGGGGUCCGUUGGCGUUCCUGGUCAUCAUGGCCCUCUUUGUGCUGAACGUAGGCAGCACUGCCUUCAGCACCUGGUGGCUGAGUUACUGGAUCAAGCAAGGAAGUGGGAACACCACAGUGACUCAAGGGAACCAGACCUCCGUGAGCACCAGCAUGAAGGACCAUCCUCUCAUGCACUACUAUGCGAGCAUCUACGCCCUCUCCAUGGCAGUCAUGCUGAUCCUGAAAGCCGUUAGAGGAGUUGUCUUUGUCAAGGGCACACUACGAGCCUCCUCCCGGUUGCAUGACGAGCUCUUCCGAAGGAUCCUUCGAAGCCCUAUGAAGUUUUUUGACACCACCCCGACAGGGAGGAUUCUCAACAGGUUUUCCAAAGACAUGGAUGAAGUUGACGUGCGCCUGCCAUUCCAGGCUGAGAUGUUCAUCCAGAAUGUCAUCCUGGUGUUCUUCUGUGUUGGAAUGAUCGCCGGGGUUUUCCCCUGGUUCCUUGUAGCAGUGGGGCCCCUUGUCAUCCUCUUUUCAGUUCUGCACAUUGUGUCCAGAGUCCUGAUUCGAGAACUGAAGCGUCUGGACAAUAUCACACAGUCACCUUUCCUCUCCCACAUCACAUCCAGCAUACAGGGCCUUGCCACCAUCCACGCCUACAAUAAAGGGCAGGAGUUUCUGCACAGGUACCAGGAGCUACUGGAUGACAACCAGGCUCCCUUCUUCCUGUUCACGUGUGCGAUGCGGUGGCUGGCGGUGCGGCUGGACCUCAUCAGCAUCGCCCUCAUCACCACCACUGGGCUGAUGAUUGUUCUCCUGCACGGGCAGAUCGCCCCAGCCUAUGCAGGGCUGGCCAUCUCUUACGCUGUCCAGUUAACAGGGCUGUUCCAGUUUACGGUCAGACUGGCGUCCGAGACAGAAGCUCGAUUCACCUCGGUGGAGAGGAUCAAUCACUACAUUAAGACACUCUCUUUGGAAGCACCUGCCAGGAUUAAGAACAAGGCUCCCUCCCCUGACUGGCCUCAGGAAGGGGAGGUGACCUUUGAGAAUGCAGAAAUGAGGUACCGAGAAAACCUCCCUCUGGUCCUGAAGAAAGUGUCCUUCACCAUCAAACCUAAGGAGAAGAUCGGCAUUGUGGGGCGGACAGGAUCAGGGAAGUCCUCUCUGGGCAUGGCCCUCUUUCGUCUGGUGGAGUUAUCUGGAGGCUGCAUCAAGAUUGACGGAGUGAGAAUCAGUGACAUUGGCCUUGCUGACCUCCGAAGCAAACUCUCUAUCAUUCCCCAAGAGCCAGUGCUGUUCAGUGGCACCGUCAGAUCAAAUUUGGACCCCUUCAACCAGUAUACGGAAGACCAGAUUUGGGAUGCCCUUGAAAGGACACACAUGAAAGAAUGUAUUGCUCAGCUACCUCUGAAACUUGAAUCUGAAGUGAUGGAGAAUGGGGAUAACUUCUCAGUGGGGGAGCGCCAGCUCUUGUGUGUAGCAAGAGCCUUACUCCGCCACUGUAAGAUACUGAUUUUAGAUGAAGCCACAGCUGCUAUGGACACAGAGACAGACUUACUGAUUCAGGAGACCAUCCGAGAAGCAUUUGCAGACUGCACCAUGCUGACCAUUGCCCAUCGCUUGCACACAGUUCUGGGCUCUGAUAGGAUCAUGGUGCUGGCCCAGGGACAGGUGGUGGAGUUUGACACCCCAUCAGUCCUUCUGUCCAAUGACAGUUCCCGGUUCUAUGCCAUGUUUGCUGCUGUGGAGAACAAGGUCGCUGUCAAGGGCUAACUCCUCGUUGAUCAAGUCCAUUUUCUUUGGAGCAUUGCCAUUCCCUGCCUGGGGCGGGCCCCUCAUCGCGUCCUCCUGCCGAAACCUUGCCUUUCCCGAUUUGGUCUUUCGCACAGCAGUUCAGGAUCAGCUUGUGUGUUUUACUUUUAGGAGAGUCCUAUUUUGAUUAUUGUAUUUAUUCCAUAUUCAUGUAAACAAAAUUUAGUUUUUGUUCUUAAUUGCACUCUAAAAGGUUCAGGGAACCGUUAUUAUAAUUGUAUCAGAGGCCUAUAAUGAAGCUUUAUACGUGUAGCUAUAUCUAUAUGAAAUUCUGUACAUAGCCUAUAUUUACAGUGAAAAUGUAAGCUGUUUAUUUUAUAUUAAAAUAAGCACUGUGCUAAUAACAGUGCAUAUUCCUUUCUAUCAUUUUUGUACAGUUUGCUGUACUAGAGACAUGGUUUUGCUAUUAGACCGUAGGAAGGGUAGCAUUUCAUUCUUCUCUAGCGGGUGGGUUCAUGGUGCCGGGUUUUCUGGGUGUCCAGAGGAAGGUGUGUGGCAAGAGUGGGCUGUCCGGGGCCCUUGUGCUGCCUGCCCACAGCCACUCCUGGGCAGGUGGAGUGGGCGGGCCUGCUGGAGGCCGCACAGAGCGCUGUGGAUUCUCAGGGCUCCUGCCUUCUGUCCUGGUGUCACUUCCUGUUUCUGUUAGGAGAGCAGCGGGGCAAAAGCCCCAGCCCCCCUUUCACUCCCUCCAACAGGAAUAAGAAUUACAGAAACAUUCCUCGGAGUAGGGGGAGUUUCUUUCCUGCCUUCCUCUUUUUGCUGUCGUUUCUAAACGAAAAUCAGUCUAUUCACAGAGUGUCCCACUGCCUCAGGUUCCUAACGCUGGCCACUUGCACAGAGCUCUCCAGCUCCUAGACCUGUUGGUUCCAAGCCCUGGAGCCAACUGCUGCUUUUUUAGGUGGUUCUUUUUCAUUUGCCUGUUCCCACACCUCCACAGUUCAGUGACAGGGUUCAGGGUUUUGUGGGUCUGUUUUCCUUUCUCCCUGCAGUUGUCACACAGUCUCUCUCUCUCUCUCCAAAGUCUGCGACUUUAAGCAGCUCUUGCUAAUCAGUGUCUCACACUGGCGUAGAAGUUUUUUGUACUGUAAAGAGACCUACCUCAGGUUGCUGAUUGCAGUGUGGUUCGGUGUGUUCCCGCCAACCCCCUUCGUGCUGUGGGGCCGGUAGCUCAGGUGGGCGUGGUCACUGCUGUCAUCAAUUGAACGGUCAGCGUUGCAUGUCGUGACCAACUAGACAUUCUGUCGCCUUAGCAUGUUUGCUGAACACCUUGUGGAAGCAAAAAUCUAAAAAAGUGAAUAAAAUUAUUUUGGAUUUUGUAAAA